GAAUGAAGAUUAUUUGUGUCUUUAUUUUUUGCUGCUUCUCAGUUGUAUGUGUGGACGCUUCAGCAGUGGUGGUGAGUGGCCAUGUUGGUGGUGAGGUCUCAAUUCAUUGCUCAGGUAGUUGGACCACACACAACAGCCCCGAACACUUCAACAUGUACUUCUGCAAAGGAGUCUGCUCCAGAGAAAACACUAUAAUUCAGACUGAGAACAAGAUGUUGGCCGUCACACGGCGAGGGAGAUACAGCAUGGAGGUCAGCAGUGGAGAUGGAGCCUUCAGCGUGACCAUGAAGAGGCUGAAGAUGGCAGAUGCAGGGAGCUAUCACUGUGGAGUGGGGAAUACCUUUAAUGUGUUGUACCAGGAGGUCAAUCUCAUAGUAUUAAAUGCCUCCAUUGUUCCUUCUGGAUCUCCUCCCUCCACCACCACCCUGCAGAAUGAAGCAGAAACUCUGUCCCAAGGCAGCUUUCAGUCCAGCACUGCACCAUCACCAGCAGCAUUAACCAUGCCCACUGCAGAGGAGAAGAACAUCCAGCAAGUUGAAAUCAAACUCACAGAUACCACGGUGGUUAUCAUUGUUUCGGUGAGCCUGGCUGUUCUUGUCUGUGCCAUCAUACCUCUUAUAUUCUACGGACACUGCAGAGAAGGUCGGAACAGAUCUGAAGCAAACAAGUGUGAGGCUGAUUACUGUGAGGAGAAUACAGAUGCCUCCUCCACUCCGACUGCAGUGAGACUGCAGUCUUUAGAACCAGCUGCUGAUCCAGAGUCCAGUCCUCCGUCCUCUACCUCCCAGUAUGCAGCCAUCUACCAGGCACUCGAUCCCAAAAGUCUGGACUGAGCAGGGUUUAUUCUG